AUGCAACCAAAUCACUGCGACCUCCUAGGUCAGGUGCGCGAGCCCAGAGCUCCCAGUCAAGUGAUACGCGAUGGCCAGUCGCGAGAACAUGGUCACUCUCGCCCGUCUGGUGCGGCACCCAUGAGAUCGGAAGAUUCAUGGAUCGAAGUAUCAUCUCAGCCUUCAUCAUCAUCCUUCUCCUCAGCCGCUACCAGUGACGAUAUCAUCACGACCGGUCUUCGAGUAGAACGUCGCGAGGGAGGCACAUACCAGCAUCGCAGUCGACGACGGCGCAUGCAGCAUUUGGCGGCUAUAACAACGGCGCAGGUCGACUACUCUUCGCGCGAAGCAAGUCUUGCAAGCAGUAGUCAAGAGGAAUACGAGGAGAGCGAAAGCGACCCUGAUCCAAAUAUGUCCAGCUCUAAUGAGGAUAUUAAUCGUCCAACUCUACCCGCGCCACGAUCUGUUCCCACCGCUCAGCCCGACGAACUCUCUAGUGAUGAUGAAGAUGAUACAUCUACUGCCUUGGGAAUGGGAAUCAGUCCAUCACCAUUUAUUCCGCAACCAAAUGUCUUCAGUCAUCCUCCAGUCACCAGUGAUCCCUCCUGGACACGUCCCAACGAGUCGCGUCGUUCUCAGCCGAGCAUUUUAUCCAACUCAAGCCGUCGUACUGCUAUCCGACGAGACUCGUAUCCCAGCACACGUCAAUCCCGUCGAUCUCCUCAGUCUCAACACAGCCCUUACAAUAUGAUCUCUCCAUCUCAUCAUGCGGAUCACGAUGCGGCUCUUCGGGCCAGCUUAUCUACUCUUCUAUCAUGUGCCGCUGCUGCUCGUGGACUCCCAAAGGCUGAAAAUCAACGACAAAAUUCACCUCCUGAUCCAUCUCGUCCUGUUCCGCCAGCCUCAUUCCGUCUUGUCGGUGAAUCUGUAGCCCUGGGAGAUGAAAGUGACGGGGCCGGUGCAUCUUCACCACGAUAUGCAGAGACCAGUCCCUCAGUGGGACCUGCUCGCCAGAAUACCCGAUCUCCAGUGAGACCAUCUGGACCUAUCAGCAAGGCCAAAAGACGAUCAGUGUCUCCUAGAGAUCGUAGUGCGACAUCUAAGAAGAGUCGUCGUGCGAGUCUGACCGAGUCAGGUGUCCCUACCAGCCCAACCAUCAUGACCUGGGUAAUCAGUGCUGGCGUGGUGGUCCUAUUCUCGGCCAUCAGCUUUUCUGCAGGCUAUAUGCUUGGCAGAGAGGUUGGCCGAACCGAGAUGGGCAUGAUGGAUGGCAACGUUCCCGGCGCUCGUUCCUCAGCGGCGUGCGGUCAGGAGGCUGUCCGAGGUAGCCUCAAGCGACUGCGCUGGGGCACAGCAGCGGCAGGAUCAGCGAGUCUGGCCUAA